AUAUAUUUGUGAGAUGCCCCGAUUCCAGAUGCAACGUACUUUUCAAGUUCCAGUUGAGGAAAAUUAAGCUGAACAUGAAUGAGAAUCUGUAUAAAUGAAUGCAAAUAUAGCAACCGCUGACCAUUCAAUAUCAGACGAAAAAUGCCUAAUCAACAUCAACCAGACAAAUCACCCCAAACAAAAAAAGCGAAAAGCUAGCAAUUUGCGCGCAAUUAAAAGCUUUAGUGUUUACGAGUGCAGUUUCGUGAGUACCGACGUCAACAGCUUAGUGCGCUGGCAACAGUAGUCAAGAGAAGAGGCUACAAUUAUGCGGUCUCGCAAUAAUAGCAAUCGACGUCAAAUAUCUUCAGUGGACAAUGAGCCCGAGACGGUUCAGGCACAGGUUCAGGAGUUGUUGCAGUGGUUGGACGCUAAUCCCUACAUUAAUGCCAGCACAGAGUACGACAAUGUGUAUUUCUUUUUGCGCACCUGCAAGUUUGAUGUGGAGCGUACCAAGAAGAAAAUAAAGUGUUUCUAUCAGAUGCGCGCUGAACGGACAGAAUGGUUUGCCAAUCGCGAUCCCUUCCUGCCUGAAAUUCAGGAGCUGCUCCAACUGGGUGUCUUCCUGCCCGUCGACGGUGUGGACAAACAGCAACGCAAAGUGGUCAUUAUACGCACGGCUGCGCACGAUCCCAAGCGACACACUCAGAACAAUGUCUUCAAGACCAGCAAAAUGAUUUUAGACCUACUGUUGAAGUUUGAGCCCGAGAAUUGUGCACGCGGAAUUGUGGCCAUACUCGACAUGGACGGCGUUCAAUUGGGACAUGCUCUGCAACUGAAUCCCAUACUAAUCAAACGCUCCGUGGAGAGCUGGACAGCGUAUCCAUGCCAGCCAAAGCUGCUAGAAUUCAUAAAUGCACCUCGACAUGUCAAUAUAUUUCUGAAUACUUUUCGCAUAUUUAUGACACCAAAGAUACGAUCACGCGUUCAUGUACGUCGGGGUACUACAACCGUAGAGUGCGCCAAUAUUCCAAAAGAUCUGGGAGGGUCGGGAAUAUCAUACAAAGAUCUUUCACUGAAAUGGAAGCAGCUGGUCGAAGCCAAUACUGAAUUCUAUGUGGAACAAAGUAAAUAUAAGAGCAUACUCAAGUAAAUUUGUGUUAAUGUGUCAUCGCCUUGCAUGAUAAGCCAGCGAUUAGCUGAAUAUACUACGUAUGUGAAUGCACUAGACAACAUGCGUAGUUAUUUAGAACCAAUCAAUCAGUGAAUACUGUAUUAAGAUCCUCAGACAUUAAGCAGUUUUUAAAAUGACGUUGAAUGUAAAAUACCUAAAAGUUAGCAGGCUAUUGAUGACUCUCAAAUUCUCUCUCUGAAAUGUAUAUUUUAGUAAAAACUAAUAUGGGAUAAAGGAUAAAAGUAAUUGCUCUUUAGUAUUUAUUAAAUAAUGAUAAGACAGCUUCUUGGCUUCCUAAGAUGUAGACUGUCGGACUAUAUGUGAAAUUGUAAAAAAUUUUGUACCUCUUAUUUCAAUUAAAAUUAUAGAAGCUUUUGUUAAUGUAAAUACCAGUUCUUUGAAACCCACUGUAUCUAUAUUUACCAUGUGUAACGCGUUAUCAAAAAUUGUGCAAUAUUUAAGCUUCUCGAUUACCCUGAACGACACAAUUUGACAAUGAUGCUAACAUACUUGUAUAAAAAUUAGUGAAAAAAAUAUUGUUAUUGAUAUACAAGUACAUAAAAAAUAAAGUCCAAACAUUUUUCAGUGGA